CUCCGUGUAUCUUGUCUCAACUGUCCGCUGCUCUAACUGUUGUUGAAGCGUCUCAUAUGCGGAUACCUGUCUGUCCUGAGCGCUCGCUGCGGCCAAACAACAGAGACUGCCUCUGGUUUUGAGGGGAACACCCACACACACACUUUCUUUCUAAAAAUUGCGCCGGUUUUUGAGGGAAAACUAUCAGUAGCAUGAAGUAGCGCUGGACCUCAGACUUUCUGCUUGUUAGCGUGGAUGCGAAGCUCUCUUUCACUCAACACAAUGGACGGCUGAUUCACCCACUUUACUGACCAACAACUGCCGCCCGAGGACAAGCUUUGUCGCUGAACCUAUCCAGACCACCGUCAUUAUCUGAGCCUGAGAAGACUCCGCUGGAUAACCCAAACGAACUGAACACAUUAAAUCACUACCAAGAGCCAUCCCAAGUAAGAGGCUUGUGUCUGGGCAGAGGUGGACCUUUCAGCUGGAAAUCCUGUCAUCAUCACAGUGAUGUGCAACUGCAAAGCUGGUCUAGGACGUUGUGCGCAUGAUUGAGAAUCCUACACCCCCCGCACACAUGGCCUUCUGGCUUUGUGUCCCAUCUAAAUGGAUCUUCCUCUCCCUGUCUUCCUCUUCUUACUGAGGCAUGUUUUGAUAUGACAUGUCUGUCUGUCCUCUCUCUCCUCCCUCUGCCCCUCCUCCUGUCAUUCUUUGCAUCUUCUCUUUUUCCGGGGCCUACAGUUUGACCCCAGUUGUCCUUGACACAUGCAUUUCUAUAGCUUCAGCCAAUCAAUACAGACUCCUGUGGCCCGGUGUCAGAUGCUGGGUCCACUUAUUGAAACCAACAACAACCCAUGAUCACAAUCACACAUCUCAGACCUUCAACACCGCCAAGCUCCACUCAUCAAUCAUCUUUGAUUUUCUGCCAGAGACUCAGAUACUGGGAAUAUUUGCCAUGCUACAUGGGAAGACUCUGAACUCCACCCUGCUCUUACUCUUCAUCGUCUUUGCCACUGCCCAUGGUCGCUCCUACCCUUGUUUUUCCCGUAAUGAUACUGAAUUCCAGCACCUGGUGCUCCACCCACACCCAUCUGUGGGGACAGUGUAUGUGGGGGCCAGGGACCACCUCUUCCAGCUGGAUGGAUCAAAUGGACUCAGACUUGAGCUAGAGGAGACGACUGGUCCCAUGAGCGACAGCAAAGACUGCCUUCCCCCAGUCACUGAGUUCAACUGUCCCCAGGCCAGGAGAACCAGUAAUCACAACAAAUUACUGCUGGUGGAUCCAAAGGCAUUGGAGUUGAUCACCUGCGGCAGCAUCCACCAGGGCACCUGCCAGAAACGCAGCCUAGCAUCAAUCAAGAAGGUUAUCUUCUCCACUGAGAGGCCCGUGGAUACGCAGUAUGUUGCAGCCAAUGAUCCAUCAGUGUCAACUGUGGGGCUGGUGGUCGGGCUUCGUGGCGGGGAAAAGAGAGUGAUGUAUGUGGGUAGGGGCUAUACCGCGAGCCACCCACCCAUCUCCACCCGCCACCUUUCAUCAGAACCCCUCUUUUCCUAUGAGGAGACAGCUAAGCUGGCUGUGGCUGGACGCAUGUCGGAAUACGACCACCAUUUUGUGAUGGCAUUCACACGGCGUACGUAUGUUUACAUCUUGUUUUACCGCCGUGACAUCAAGUCGUUAUCGAGGGAGUACCGGACCUAUGCUGCCAGAGUGUGCUUGGACGACACCUCCUACUAUUCCUAUGUGGAAGUUCCUCUUGUCUGCCAAUCCCCUUCCUCUCCCUUAAGGACUUACAACCUGCUCCAGGCUGCCCAGGUGGGACAAGGUGCAGGCCGGGAAGGCGAGGAUCUACUGGGAGUCUUCUCCACCCGCAUCAGCUCCACAAACAACAAUCCCUUGGAUGCCUCGGCUCUGUGCGUUUACCCACUGGAUGAGCUUGACAGACGCAUCGACUCCACACGUGACCUCUGCUAUACCCAGGCCGGCCGGGUGGAGGGAAGUGGAGAGGUGGCCUACAUAGAGUACGAGGUCAAGUCUAGCUGUGCCAACCUGCCCAUGAAUACCCUCAAGGCAUAUCCCUGCGGGUCUGACCACACACCAAGUCCAAUGGCAAGCCGGGCACCACUGGAAGCUAAAGCAGUGUGGCACACCUCAACUGCCCGUCUCACUGCUGUGGCUGUCAGUGUCAGAGAGGGACACAGCAUCGCCUUCCUCGGAGACUCCAAAGGGACUCUGCACAAGGUAUAUCUUGGCCAAGAUGGCCAGGUUGAGGUAUAUGCAAACAUGACGAUCCAGCCCAACUCACCCAUUAACAGUGACCUUUUACUGGACCAGAAUGGCGCACACAUCUACAUCAUGACCAAAACUACUGUAGAGAAGCGUCCAGUGGCAGAAUGUGGAGAUCACCUGGACUGUCAGUCCUGUCUGUCUGUCAAAGACCCCUACUGUGGCUGGUGUGUCCUGGAGGGACGGUGUGGCCAGCACUGGGAAUGCCAGCGACGGUCUGUGCAGGGCCAGUGGCUGUGGAGUUUUAACCAGCAGCAAUGCCUCAGUAUCCAGCACCUCAGCCUCUACAACAUCAGCCUUGGGGAGAAAACUGAUAUUGCAGUGUCAGUAGCUGGCCUCCCUAGUCUAGAAAAAGGAGAGGCCUACUCUUGCUUCUUCCAGGAUGCAGAAACUCCUGCCUCACUCACUAACACUGGUGUGAUAUGCUCCACCCCUGAUGCCAGCAGUCUGCCCCCUAUUGGCCACGGAGAUGAUUUUAUGAUGGUGACCCUGUCACUGCGUUUCAUAAACGUGACGGUAGCAGAGACAGAAUUCACUUUCUUCAACUGCAGCUUGGUCCAGCAGCUCUCUGCACGCAGGCCAUGCCAAGGGUGUGUUAGCAGUCGCUGGGGGUGUAACUGGUGUAUCCACCAGCAUUUCUGCACACACAAACACACCUGCAGCCAAGGAGUCACCAUCUACAACCAAAUUUUCAAACCACCAACACCCACCAUCCCACCACCAACCAGAAAACUGACCCCUUUACCUCCUACCGUCUGGGCUGCUACAACAACACAGCCACUACCCACAAAAACACCUACUCCCACCACAGCAGCUGUCCCUUUAACUACCACCACAGUGACACUACCCACCACCCCUAAUGCUGAAUCCACAUCACCCCUUACCCUGGCAACAACUUCCCCUUUUGUCAGAAUCUUCACCCAAGCCACAACCAUACACACCGAUGUCACCACCACCAGCGGGUCCCUCUCUGAUGUUGAGGGAACGACAGAGGUCACGACAAGAGGUUUUUCAGAGGAUGAGGAGACUGAAAUCUUAAAUAUCACUGACGAAACUCCCCACACUACAUUAACCAGCAGCACUAGUGGCCAGGUAGACUCUGACCUGAGAUUUUUAGAGCCAUCUGGUGAAGCAGUGGGCUCUUCCUUCGAUGUAAGCUCAACCACCUCCAGCGAAGUGACCUUUUUAAUAGACCUUAGUGACAAUAAGGAUGCUAUUCAUUUGGCCAGCGAGAAUAACUCAACCCCGUGGUUGAAUGAGUGGGAGAAGCCAGAGGGAGAGACUGAUGUGGAAUCUGCAACAGGUUCAUCUGUUGCUGGCGCCAACACAAUGUCAUUCAUUCAUAUACAAUCACCUGACCCCAACUCUGAAUCUGCAGCAAACUACCAAUCGAAUUCUUCGACUGACUCUCAUUUUCUGGAAUGUCCGUGUGUGGAGAAAGUUCAGGAUUCCUCUCUCCUCCCUGUCAAUGUGAAGAGGAAAAUCACUCUGGUGGGACAACACCUAAACUUGUUUCAGGAUGAAAAUUUGGACUACGAGUGUGUGUUGGACAUUGAGAAUCAGUCAGUGGUGAUGGAUGCCUCUGUGAAGCCCGAUGCCACACAGAAAUCAGUCUUCUUUAUCACCUGCCAACCUCACCAGUACGCCUAUUCUGCCUUGAUGGAGGAAUACCCAGCCAUGAUCAACGUCAGGAGAAAAAACAACAACUUCCUCAUCGACAGCGCUAACGAUCUGUAUGUGACUCUGUUCAGUUGUUCAGUGGGGCGGUCAGACUGCAGCCGAUGUCGUACUGCCAACCCCAAGUAUGGCUGUGUUUGGUGUGGUGGUGCUACUAGCUCUCGCUGUGUGUACCAGGACUCCUGUACCGAUGAGAUCAGACACACCUGUCCGGCCCCUGUCAUUCAUUUCUUGGACCCAGUAUCCAGUCCUGUAGAGGGAGGGACAGUAGUGACUAUUUCAGGCUCUAACCUCGGCCAGAGAGCUGAAGACAUCCAGAACUCAGUCACAGUAGCUGGGGUCCCCUGCAGUGUCAUCCACAGCAGAUAUGAAGUCUCCUCAAGGAUAGUGUGUGAGACUACAAGUAGUGGAGGAGAGAAGAGCGGCCAGGCCUCAGUCAAAGUGAGGGGAGGAGGACUCGGACUCUCUACUCAAAUCUUUAGCUUCCAGAAUCCCAUACUAAGCAGCAUCUUCCCCCAAAGAGGUCCCAAGGCAGGGGGCUCAUCUCUCACCAUCAGAGGCCUUAGACUGACAACUGGACACCCGAGUGAUGUCAGUGUCCUAAUUGGAGGAGUGCCAUGUAUGGUGCUAAACAUCCAGGAGGAUCAGAUUAGUUGUCUGACCAGAGGCAGCAACAGAACAGGAGAACACAGCAUCACUGUGCGGUUUGGUGGGGCAGAGCGCCAUCUACAGGGUUUGGUGUAUCAUUACACCUCUAAUCCCAACAUCACAAUGGCUGCUCCGUCCAAAAGCUUUCUCAGUGGAGGCAGAAUCAUUAGAGUUUCUGGGCAGACCCUGGAUGUAGUCCAAGAACCAAAAAUGAGGGUCACCCUCAGUCCUCCUGAUACUCUCCCUCCCCGGAGGAGAAGGAGCAUCAAUAGGAGGAAUGAAGGAAGCCUGAACAGAAGACAGGAUCAUAAGGAUCCACUUCUUCCACUGAAGAGAUGGAGGAGGAUCGUCCCAGAGGCGAACUGCCCCAAGGGUACACUCUGUCAUGUCAAACAGUACGAAUCUCGCUGCACAGUGAACAGCUCCUCCCUCAUCUUGUGUCCAACUCCGGCGGUGGGUCCAGAGGCCAGGAGGGCCAGGGUCAAAGUUCAUUUCCUGUUGGACAGCCUCCGUUUUGACUUCAGCAUCAUGGGGAAUGAAGCCUUCAGUUAUGAGCCCAACCCACAGCUCUACCCACUGAACCAGAAUGACCCCAGCAAACCAUACCACCACAAACCUGGUAGCAUCAUCUCUGUUGAGGGAAAGAACCUGGAUCUAGCCAUCAACAAGCAUGAGGUGGAGGCUCGGAUAGGGGAGGGGGUGUGUUCGGUGAAGACCCUGACCCACAACCACUUGUACUGUGAACCACCAGCUCAGCAGCCCUCAGUCACAGCCAGCAAGAAAUAUGAUGUCAUGGACAGUCUGCCUGAGUUCACAGUGAAAAUGGGGAAUCUGAACUUCUCUCUAGGCAAAGUGCAGUACGACAGCCAGGCUCAGUCUACAUUUCCUCUGGAAGCUCAGGUGGGAGUCGGGGUGGGAGCCUCCAUAGUGGCUCUGAUUGUGCUCAUCAUAGUCCUCAUAUACAGGAGGAAGAGCAAACAGGCCAUGAGGGACUAUAAGAAGGUGCAGAUCCAGCUGGAGAACCUGGAGACCAGUGUGAGAGACCGCUGUAAGAAGGAGUUCACAGACCUGAUGACAGAGAUGAUGGACAUGUCCAGUGAUUUGGUGGGUUCAGGGAUUCCCUUCCUGGAUUACCGGGCAUACGCAGAGCGCAUUUUCUUCCCAGGUCACCAGGAGUCGCCACUGAGACGAGAUCUGGAUGUUCCCGAGAGUCGAAAGCAGACUGUGGAGCAAGGGCUAGUUCAGCUGUCCAAUCUGCUCAACAGUAAACUCUUUCUCACCAAGUUUAUUCACACUCUGGAGGUCCAGCGGACAUUCUCCCCAAGGGACCGGGCCUAUGUGGCCUCUCUGCUGACUGUAGCCCUGCAUGGUAAACUGGAGUACUUCACAGACAUCCUGAAGACACUGCUUAACAAUCUAGUGGAACAGUAUGUGGCCAAGAACCCCAAACUGAUGCUCAGGAGAACGGAAUCGGUGGUUGAGAAGCUUUUGACAAACUGGAUGUCCAUCUGUCUGUUUACCUUUCUGAGGGAAUCAGCAGGGGAGUCAUUCUACAUGCUGUUCAGAGCAAUAAAGCACCAAGUGGACAAGGGACCUGUGGAUGCUGUGACAGGAAAAGCCAAGUACACACUGAAUGACAACCGGCUGCUGCGAGAGGAUGUGGAGUACCGCACACUGACCCUAAAUGUUGUGAUACCAGCUGUAGCCGCUAGCGGAGGUGCUACUACCCAGACGGUACCUGCCAAAGUUCUGGACUGUGACACCAUCACCCAAGUGAAGGAGAAACUUCUGGAACAAACCUGGAAGGGAACCUCCUUUUCCCAGAGGCCACACGUUGACUCAUUAAACCUUGAGUGGCGUGCAGGUGUUGCAGGUCACCUAAUCCUAUCAGAUGAGGACCUGACAUCAGUAGUACAAGGCUCAUGGAAGCGCCUUAAUACACUGCAACAUUACAAGGUCCCUGAUGGAGCAACGGUUGCCCUUGUCCCCAGGAACACCAAAAAUCACCUCCCUGACAGCCAUAAUUACAUGCCUGGAGAAAAGACCCCUAUGCUGGAUGAUGGGGAGGAGAGAGGAGUGAGACUUUGGCAUCUGGUGAAAGCCAGUGAGGAGUCUGAGCUGCCCAAGCACAGGAGAGGUAGUCUGAGGGAGAGGGGCGGCGAGAGGGCCAAGGCCAUCCCUGAGAUCUACCUCACACGACUGCUAUCCAUGAAGGGCACAUUGCAGAAGUUUGUGGAUGAUUUAUUCACUGCGAUCCUCAGCACCAGUCAUCCUGUACCUCUGGCUGUCAAAUACUUUUUUGACUUGUUGGAUGAGCAGGCUCUGCAGCACAACAUCACAGACCCUGAGACCAUCCACAUCUGGAAAACUAACAGUUUACCACUGCGGUUUUGGAUCAAUAUCCUUAAGAACCCACAGUUCAUCUUUGACGUGCAAACCUCAGACCAUGUGGAUGCUGUGCUGUCCGUCAUUGCCCAGACCUUUAUGGAUUCGUGCACCAUUGCUGACCACAAACUGGGACGGGACUCUCCUAUCAACAAGCUGCUGUACGCCAGAGACAUCCCGCGCUACAAACAGAUGGUGGAGAGGUACUAUGCAGACAUCCAUCAGACCAUAUCCGCCAGUGACCAGGAGAUGAACUCUGCUCUAGCAGAACUCUCUCGUAAUUAUGCUGCUGAGGUCAACUGCGUUGUGGCUUUACAUGAGCUGUACAAGUACAUUAACAAAUACUAUGAUCAAAUUAUUACAUCCCUGGAAGAGGACUCCACAGCCCAGAAGAUGCAGCUUGGUUACAGGCUCCAACAGAUUGCUGCUGCCGUAGAAAACAAAGUUACUGACCUAUGACACCAAGGACGGGAUGUAUUUUUCCUUUAACCUUGAAGAGAAUUGUGGAAAAAGAUUUUUUUUCCUGGAGGAAAAAGCAAUGUUUUUUUCUUUUUUAAGACAAAGAAGGACAAAGGAACAUUGUGGCACAUAUUGUGAUAUUGCUGUCAUUUUGGCAUUUUUGAAAUUAUCUUAAAAGGAUCACUGACACUGGCCAUUUUUCCUGUCCCAUAUCCAGGGGGUACAGUAAAACUCGCUUGAAAUUUCCUCAGGUCCUAAAACUAGGAGUAAAAUGACACUGCUCUGAGGGGAAAAAAAGGAGAAAAUGUGAAAUGAAGCACAUCAAAACUAUCACAACUAUGACAUCUCUCAUAAGGAUUUCCCAUGUUGAAUUUAAACUAAAGGGAGACAUAAUAUGAAAAGAGAUCUUUUUGUUUUUCCUCUGACUCUAAGUAUCUUGGUGGACUUGAAGAUUUUCUUGACAAACUGCACAGAACAUUCCUGCAAGUUAACAGCUAAACCUAUUAGUCUUCUGCUCAGGAAUGGAUGCUGUAGGUGUGCUGAAUGAAGAAACAGUGAACGAGGAGAAAAAGUGAAAAGGAGGACUUUAAUGUUGACAGCUGUGGAGUUUUCUCCCACGUAUGUCAAAGUCUUACAUAAAGGACAAACAGAUAAUGACACUGUCAAGUGCUGUGGAGGUCUGAGUAACCACUCAUCGUAUUUGAGGAAUGUUUUCAUUCUGCCUUUAGCUUCCUUACAACAUUCUACCAAGUCUGACUAUGAAGUUUAAUUAGCUGUAAUGGGACAGUUGUUGUUGUUCUGUUUUCACAGUUUCCCAGGAUAGGCUUCCUUUUUAAUUUUUUAAGCUUCAUAUUGCCAGUUGUCCUUUUACAGCAAUUUAUAGAUGCUGCCUCAUGUAGUUUGAACUGAAAACCAGUGUUUUGUAAAGGUGUUGGUUUUAUUUUGUUGAGGACGUAGUACUGUACAUGAAUACGCUCAACCUGGUUUCUUUCCAUGAUGACCUACUGCUAUUGUGAAUGUUCCUUUUAUUAGUUUUGCAAAUUUUGAUAUCAAUUUUGUAAACAAUUGUUUUUUAUGUAGGCUAUUUCCAAGACAAUUUGGCAGAUGUACUUAUGGCUAACUCAUUCAUUGAUCCGUCCUUAAGAAAACCAUGCAAGUAAAAUCUUCUACACAACUUAACCCACAUGUAGACAAAAUCCAUAAUAGUAAUACUGUAAUCUGUACUAAUUCAGUGAAAAAAGCUGAUUGUAUCACUUAUGAAAGACCAAGCCUUACUUAUUUGGAAAUAAUGCACAAAUAUAUGAAUAAUGGACAAAGGAGGAAUAUGUCUUGAAUAAUCUAGUAAAUUAAUUCUACAUGAUUUAUUUAAUAUAUUACUGCCACUUCAGGAUUUAUUUCCCUUCAGCAGAAUUUAUUUUCCAUUUGUAUAAUAUCUUUUUCUGUGGAUGCCAGAUUUUACCAGUGUUACGGCAGAGCAAAACUGCACUUCUUUUCUCACUUUUCUCUCAAGACUUAAAUCAGAAAACAUGAUUAAUAACAAAGGUGCCUGUAUUCCCUGUUGCUCUGUGAUGCCACAUGUGAAAGUCUAUUACCAUUUUGUUCCAAUUUAAUUUAUUUUGUAUUUAUUCUAUUGCAUAUGUUGUUGGUUUUUAUUUUCGGACAUUGAAAGUCAUAGUGGUUAUGCCCCUCCCAAUCAGAUGUUAUAUCGUGUUUUUGUAAAAAAAAAAGCAAGAGCCUCUUUCACUUUUUUAACCUUAUGGUGUCUCUUUCUCUCCAUUGAUCUACUCCCAAGAUAGUUGUGAGGGGCUACGACAAGUGAAAAUCAAAUUCACAUCAACUGUCACAUCAGCUUCAAUCUCUCCUUUUAUAUUUUGCAUCCGUUUUAGAAGCAAUAGGGAAAUAUGAUUUUUAAUGUUGCAAGCGAUUACUUUGUACAUUCAAAAAAUGUUAUUACCAUUCUUUGCCAUGCACAUUAGUGCUGCUUGUAACUUACUUGUGUAUGCAAAGCUCAGUUGUGAUGUUUUACUGUUUUCCUGUAGAUACAUACUGCUCUUUAGUAAUCCUGACUUUAGUGUUUUCUUACUAAUUGAUAGGAUGAACCUAACAACAACUUAAUGUGAUAAAAUAAAGUUGUACCGGUGUUAA